AUGGCUUCCAUCCGCGCCAACUGCCGCAAGAUUAUGUGUAUCGGCCGUAACUAUGCCGAUCACAUUACCGAGCUCAACAACACAGCCCCCAAGCAGCCAUUCUUUUUCCUCAAGCCCGCAUCAUCCAUCCUCACCCCCGGUUCGGGUCCCGUCCUCCGUCCCAAGGGCGUCAGCCUGCACUAUGAGGUCGAACUGGGACUGGUGAUCGGCAAGACCGUGCGCGAUCUCGAUCCCAACGACGAACAGGCCGCAUUGGACGCGAUUCAGAGUUACGUACUCGCCAUUGAUAUGACAGCCCGCAACGUGCAAGAUGAGGCGAAGAAGAAGGGCCUUCCUUGGUCCAUCGCCAAGGGCUUUGACACCUUCCUCCCUAUCUCGCAGGAGAUCGCCAAGUCGCGCAUCCCUAACCCACACGACGCAUUCCUGCGCCUGAGUGUUGGCCAGAAUGAGCGUCAGGCUGACUCAACUAGCCUGAUGCUGUACCGCAUUCCCCAGCAGCUUGCGCAGAUCUCACGCGUCAUGACGCUGGAGAAGGGUGACAUUGUUCUUACCGGUACGCCCAAGGGUGUUGGACAGGUCAAAGCGGGUGACGUUAUGAGGGCAUCGAUUGAGGUUGGUGGAAAGGAGAUUGAGGAGGGACGGAUUGAGGUCGAGGUGCAGGAUCGCGAGGGGCGGUUCCCCGUCUGCCAAGACAUUGCAAUGUUUGCCUCCGACUUCAAGGACCAAAUGUUUUCCUCGACUCAAACAUCACUAGACCUAUCAACAUGCAAGUCGCAGAGAUUCUCUCAGACAUCAAUUCCCUCCGCGUCUGCCAUGGCACAGGGUCACAACGAGGCCCUGGCACUGGUGAAUGUGCACAAGAAUAUCACAGGCUCGGAUUCAACCGAGUCUGGUAGCGCAUUGGCUGAUAAGAGCCCAGCAGACGACAAGGCCGAUCUUCGUCGUGCAAAGGAACUGGUUGAGCUACACUAUGAGGUGAAGGCGAGACAUGCCAACGGAACUGUUGACGAGGAGCUGAGCCAAGCUCGGCAAGAUGUCCGGCGUGUUCUGAGGGAGCUGUCGACUGUCUAA